GCUAUGGCCUCCUCCGGCCGCCGCUCCUUCGUCUCCGCAAUCCUCCCAGCGGUCGCGUCCUGCGCCGCUGCGCAGUCGGCGGGGGCGAACAACUCGAUAAUGAGUUUCUCCAACUCGAUGACCGUCUGCUUCUUCGUGGCCAUUUUGGCCUUCCCCAUCCUCGCCGUCCUCCUGGCGUUCGCGUGCCUCCGUUUGUUCCGACCGCCAGACGAUAAUGAUCCCACGGCCUCGGAGUCGUCGUCGGGCGGCCGACCCAGGGAGGGCCUCGACGCGUCGGAGAUCGCGGCGCUGCCGCUGGUGUCCUACCGGGACGUCAAGGAGCACCGGAUCAGCGACGGCCUGACGGUACUGGACCCGCUGGAGUGCGCGGUGUGCCUCCUGGAAUUCGAGGACGACGACAGCCUCCGCCUGCUCCCGACGUGCCCGCACGCGUUCCACCCGGAGUGCAUCGGCUCCUGGCUCGAGAGGCACGUCACGUGCCCGCUCUGCCGCGCCAACGUCCUCGAUCAGGCGCCAAAGGAGCCACGGGAGCUGCCGCUGCCGCCCCAGGAAACGUCGGCUUCUUCUUCGCCGCCAGAAGCGCCGCCGGUUCACGACGACACGGUGGACGUGUUGAUCGGCGCCGAGGACGAAGAUGCGGCGAGGGGGCGGCGAGAGGCCAGGCGGCAGGCGGUGCUGCCGCGGUCGAACUCGACGGGGCACGAGCGCGCCGGCGGCCGCGGGAUGGAGCGGUUCGCGCUGCGGCUGCCGGAGCACGUCCGCCUCGAGAUCCUCAUGUCGCACAGGCUGAGGCACGUGACGAGCGCGGUGGCGUCCGUGCGCGUCAGAGAAGGGAGCACACAUGACUACCCCGGCGGGGUCAGCGUGGGCGGGAAGCCGGGGCGGAGCGCCGUGGCGAGGCUGCUGUCGCUUUUCGCUCCCGGAGCAGGGUGGAAGGGAGACAACAACGAGGACAGGUCCGGCGCCAGCGGGUCGUCUCGCCGGUGGUGGCGCAGGGAGCAGGAGAAGAAAAGAGAAGCGAUUAAGAAAACGGAACCUUGAGGUGUUGGCUAAUUAAAGCUCCAGGGCUCCUUUGGUUGUGAAUUGUGCCAUCAGUUCUUUUUUGGAGUUUAAAGCAGAGCUUGCUUGAUGUGAGAAUUUGUUUAUGAGAAAUGUAUGAUGU